AAGAAUUGGGUCGUAACGGGUUACAACAGCAAUAACUCCCCUCACCAGAGAGGGCAAGAUCAACAAUCAAAUCAAUCUUCUUUCUCCUAUGGACCGGUUGUUUGUGCCCACCAUUCCUUCCUCGUUGUGAAGAAUCUGGAAGCAUACACAUAUUAAUAAUAGCUGCAGAUCAUUUUCAUUAUGUAUUGGAAUGGAACCACUUUGAAUGGAACAUAUUCUUCUCAUGUCAUGCUCCAUCAUCUUGAUGUUGUGAGCCUAUGAGAUGGGUGAACAAACUGUAGAUUCAAAGUCAAGUGACCAGAUUAAUGCUAAAUCUGGUUUUGGUUUACCCAAGCAUGAUAAACAGCUGUCGGUCCCAGUAGCCAUAGUAGGGCCUGCACUACAAGAUUCACAGAGUGAAAGUGUGGUUGCUGCCUCCAAAUCUACUGAAAGCCCACCAUUUCCUGAAGCGAAUACUAUGGCGAAUAAAGUUUCUAAUAUAACUGGCUCAAAAAGACCUACCCCGGAAUGCCUUGUGAACCCACUCAACCGAUGCUCGACAAACAAUUCUGGUAGUGGGCAUCUUGUCUAUGUUCGUAGAAGACCUGAAGGAGAGCUAAGCAAAACAGCUGCUAAUAACAGCCAAAGCGGUGUUACUGAUUAUCCACAACUAAAAAAGCUUAGUCAACAUGCUGAGAAAACUCAGACUGAAGUCCAGAUGAAGGAAGGAUAUUACAUUCCAGAAGUUUCAUCAAUCUCAUGGACUCCUUCAAGGUGCUCCUUGUCCACAAAACCUUCAGUUCCUCCCUCUACAGGAGAGCCCAACAACAAUUUAGCUUCAGUUAAUGUUAGCAACCAUCAAGUCACGUCUACCAGACUAUUGUUGGAUAAUCCCAAGAAGGUUAAUUUUAAGCAUUGGGAAGAGCGGUAUUUCCAAUUGCAGAACUUGUUGCACAGACUGGAGCACUCAAAGCAAGAGGAUUAUGUACAGAUGCUUCGUUCUCUCUCCUCUGUUGACCUAAGCAAUCAUGCUGUUGAACUGGAGAAGAGGUCCAUACGGCUUGCCUUGGAGGAAGCAAAAGAGGCGCACCGAGUAAGAGUCUUGGAUAUUUUGGGGAAAUAUCCGAAGAACCCCAGAGCUUCUCUAGCUUGAUGUCCUGAACAGUGUCAGAAAGAAGGAAAUUUAAUUGUAUUCUUAAACAGAAUUUGUACAUGUUGUAGCCUGAUAUUCACAUUGUAGUUAGAGUAUCUUGUCUGGUCUUAGCUAGUCAAUGUAUUGUAGCUAUCGUUUGUUAACUCUUAACUUAUAGCGUGUUUUAUUGAGGAAAUGGAAAUGGCUUUCCUCAGGUCCAUCAACAUCAGUUGAGAUUGAAUGUUUUUGUCCAUUAAUCAUUUAAUCCUCUUCUGUUUCUAUCUA